AUGAAUUCCUCAGAGAACCCGGACUCUACAGGUCCGGACUCGCCUCCCGCCAAGCAGGCUGCAGAUACUUCAGAGAUUCAAGAAGCCACACCCGGCUCCCCGUCUCAGCACGAUUUCUCGUCGACAAUCGCAUCGCCUUCCGGUCCUUCAGAUGUAGUGGAAGGUGCCAAUACCUCCAAAAAACACCUACUAAUCCCGAUUCCCUCGCGCAGGUCCUCUAAGACGGACAAACAGUCGAUCAAAGGGAAGGGCGACCAGGCAGCUUCGCGGGAGCAUGGUCGGAGAGGCUCAAAGGUCAGCGAUAUCUUGAAGGUACGCAGAGAUCGUAGCCGAGCAAGUAGUCGCCGAUCCCGGCGACAAGAUGUGGUCAAUGCGGAGAAGGGCCAAGGGACGCCGAAUCCGAGUACUCCGGAGAUGAGCGGCCCUAAGCCUCAGAAGAAGAGCUUCUUCUCAUUUCUGAGUUGCUGCUCCCCGCCUCACGACGAUGGAGAUGACGCAACCCUGCCUCCGAAGCCCAGUGACAAGCUGCAAUCUUCUCCGAACCGACUACCCACACCUGACAAGAGUGACGUUCAUACGGGAGAUUCUAGCACUGCAGAGUCUAAAGAUCAUCCAUACUUCGAGAGCGAAAAAGCCAACAUGACUAUGAGCGCAGAUAAGGCCCAGAUCCAAGAAGAUGAGCGUGCUCCCACAACUACACAAAGCGAAGAAACCACCUCAGGGCCUGCUUCAACCCAAGUCCCACCGACAAGCCCAAAAGGAGGCGAAGAUGAUGCCCAGUCUUCCACAAGUGCUGUGACAACAAAUGGAGUUGUACUCGAGUCAGAAUCCAAAAAUGAAACGACGGAAGGACCUGCCGCCACCACCGAUGGAACUUUUGAUAAACCCCCGACGGACGAGGCUGAGGCUUCAUUGCAUGACGAGGAGGUGGACAACUCUACAGCUGUCCUACCACCGCCGCCACCUCCCCCAGUCCCAGAAUUUCCCACAGCCUCCUCCAGAGAGGACCUGCAGGGACUUCUUCCGCCGAUAGUGCCCUCACUGCAGGGUCGCAAAUGUCUUGUACUGGACCUGGAUGAGACGCUCGUUCACAGUAGCUUCAAGGUUCUUGAGCGGGCUGAUUUCACCAUCCCCGUCGAAAUAGAGGGCCAGUAUCAUAAUAUUUAUGUCAUCAAGCGGCCUGGGGUGGACCAGUUCAUGAAGCGAGUUGGUGAGCUUUAUGAGGUGGUAGUAUUCACUGCAUCUGUAUCCAAGUACGGUGACCCGUUGCUAGACCAACUCGAUAUUCAUAAUGUAAUUCAUCAUCGACUUUUCCGGGAGAGUUGCUACAACCACCAGGGGAACUAUGUGAAGGAUCUUUCACAAGUUGGUCGAGACCUACGCGAUACUAUUAUUAUUGACAAUUCCCCCACGUCUUACAUCUUCCAUCCCCAACACGCGAUACCCAUCAGCAGCUGGUUCUCUGACGCACACGACAAUGAGCUGCUUGACCUAAUUCCUGUUCUUGAGGAUCUUGCUGGGGCCCAGGUCCAAGAUGUCAGCAUGGUUCUGGACAUUACCUUGUGA